AUGGGGGCAACUGUUUUAAGAAUAUUGGUUGAUAGUAUGAUGUGGUUCAUACAUGAUCUAGUAUUAUUUGGUAGCAUUUCAUGUUUCUUUUGUCGUCAAAUUUCAAUGGGCAAGCAAGAUAUAUACAGUCAUGAGUCAUGCAAGGAGUUAGGCACCAUUGACUAA